AUGACUUUGCAAGUACUCAGGGAAUAUCAGUUGUAUGCAAAAUUCGGCAAAUGUCAGUUAAGGCUGAGAUUAGUGACCUUCGUUUGUCAUGUUGUGUUCCACCAGCGUGUAGAUGUUGAUCUAAAAAAGAUUGAGGCAUUAAAGAAUUGGCCGAGACCCCUCACUCCUACAUGCAUCCGAAGUUUUUUGGGUUUGUCUAAUUACCAUGGAAGGUUUAUUGAGGGUUUUUCCACUAUUGCUGCUCCAUUGACAGCUAUAACAAAGAAGAAGUCGAAGUUUGAGUGGUCUGAAACUUGUGAAAAGAGCUUCCUAGAGCUCAAAGACCGACUCACUUCAUCCCCAGUUCUCACAUUGCUGAGGAGUGGUGUAGGGUAUGUGGUAUACUAUGAUUAUUCCCGAGUAGGUUUGGGAUGUUUUCUUAUGCGGAAUGGCAAGGUGAUUGCAUAUGCAUCAAGACAGUUCAAAAUCCACGAGAAGAAUUGCCCUACCUAUGAUCUUGAGUUAGCUGCUAUGCUAAUUGCGAUAAAACUUCGGAGACAUUACUUAUAUGAUGUACAUGUUGAUGUAUUUACUGGCCAUAAAAUUCUUCAGUAUGUUUUUACACAGAGAGAAUUGAAUCUUCGUCAGAGAAGAUAG